AUGUUCACCAAAAACCGGAGAUACUUGGCAAAACGGCACUUGGUAUCAAAACAUUAUCAAAAUAUUCCUGUCAAAUCAUGGCGCAAUGUCAGUGUCUCCAAAGGCAACUACGCACUGCUCGUCGAUGACACGUGGUUCUCGCGUCCACUCAAGCCAGGAUCGGCGCCUGUAGUGCACGAUUGCCUGCUGUACAUGGUCGCAUCAGGAAUUAACCCCGAAAAGGAGAUGAAUAACUUGUAUUCUGAUUUCCCAUCUCCAGUCCACAUCAAUAUUGCGCGUAAGUGGAUCAUCCUCUACGGGUCUAAAUGUUUCUUAUCAUGA